AGAUGUAGACGCGCGCUUCAAUAUGGCUGACAGUAAAGGCGCAAGGCACAAUAAUCAUAAUAUAUAUAAACUUGGAAUUAUAGAAUUUUUGGUAAGCACGCGUAUACGGUGAAGACGGAAAUUUUGCACGAUGAAUAUGUCCGUGGAGAAGAAGAAAUAUCCUUCGGCGUUGCCAAUUAAUUGGCACACACGAGAAGAACCGUCGAGGAAGAGCCAGAAUCAGUUGACAUCUACGGGCAAGGAUUAUUAUUAUGGCCGGGCUAGAAAUGACUCAUCAUUGGUGCCACCGAUCAGACAAACAGCAUCGAUUUUUAAGCAACCAGUGACAAUUUAUAAAACACAGGAAGGAAAAGUGAAAGAUAUUAAACAUGGCAUUCAAGAGAAACCAAAACAAGAAGGAGCCGAUAAAACUGAUGGCAAAUAUGGCUCCCAAGAUAAGCCUAAACAGCUUUUCUGGGAAAAACGUUUAGAAGGUUUGCGAGCCUGCGACUCUGAUGGCUAUGAAUUUGAUGGAAUGGAUUUGCCAAAGAACUUAAAACCUGUGGGACCAUAUAUCACAGAAGAAACUUUGCUUCAAAGUGUGGCCACUGCCUUACAUGUAUCCACUCAACCAGUUACAGGACAAACGGGAUCGAAAAUGGCUUUGGAGAAGAAUCCUGGAGUGUUUCUCAAUCCUGAUCAACCACUUGUACAGGCGGUCUCGAUAGCGGAUGAAGAUAUAAAGAGGCAAGAAGAUCGAGUGGCUAUUGCGAGAAAAAAGUUACAAGACGCCUUACGUGCUAUUCAAACUUAAAUUAUAGCUUUAUGUAUAUCAUUUGUUCAUCUCUUAAUUUUAAGUUCAUCAUAAAUUAUAUCAUUGCCAUUUUUUGUAAUAAAUGUUUUUGUAAAAAAAAAAAAAAACGAAA